AUAAACUUACAGCUGAGAUAGUUUUUCAAUCCUGUUGUGUUUAAUAAUAUGGGACACCACGUAAGUGCUUUAAUUUCUGGACUCGGUAGGUUUUUCGAGUAUCCUGUUAAGAGAAAGCCGAUAUGUUUUUAUCGGCAGGAAGAUUUUACAGCGACUGGUGAGCCACAGAAAAAAGUCACAGACCAUGUAAAACCUCCAACAACUGAUUACGACAAGCUAGUGGAACUGUUCUACAAACGUCUUGCUGAACAGCGGCAGUAUAACCAAGAGAUGAAGGAGCAAGACCGUAGGUGGAGUAUGCAAAGAGUUGUUGAACGUUUCCCUGGCUGGAACGAAGUCACCAUUGCCAAUCUCCACAGCCUGUUUCUACUGUUUGACAACCAGUCUAAUGGAAUGCUUGGAUUUGAUGAUUUUUGUGCUGUACUGGAGAGUCUGGGAGACGAGUCGUCUAUGGACAUUCGCAAAGAUAAGUUUAAUGCUACAGAUACGGACAACGACGGAUGGAUUACUUACGAUGAAUUCUUAUCGUUGGUAUACAACUUCAGCCCUCAAGAAGACGAGCAACUCACUGGACUAGCUCAGCUGUGUAACGACGUCGCAGACAACAUACAGUUCGUCAGUAACUUUACAGUUGGAGAGCAAUUAGAAUAUGGGUUGUUUUAACAAUAAAAAUACUUUAA